CUUCUAAUAACCUCUCAGUCUCCUGCAUAACAGGGGUCCAGAGACUUCACUAUGCAGAUCUGCUCGGACUAGAACUUCAAAGGUCUAACCGAGAUUGAUUCCAUCGUGGUGGCAAAGGUUCAUUGACACAGUGAGCAUUUACCUGGCCCAGAUUGAUACGGUCAAUAUUGCACCCUAGUUCACUCCAUUGGUAGGCUCAAGGGUUCAAUGCAUAUAUGAAGGGCUCGGAAUGCCUUCCCAUCGAUGCUUCUUUUCCUCAUCCACAGAUUCCAAUGUCAACUGAACACACAGACCUCUCACGAAUACUUCAUCGCCUCAUUUGUGUUGUGUUGAACGCAACUCUUGCAUUGUUGAGCGGUUACAAAGCAUUUCAUCUUUAUCUCAUAAGUCUAUCAAAUAGACCGCGCUUCGUCUUCAGUCUAGAAACAACCAUGGUUCAAGGCAACGCAAGAGCAGAUGCUGGAGGCUCUAGUCGGGAGUAUGGAAUCAAUUUUGAGGUCGCGCCUCCGACCACUGUCUCCCCUGGGGUUUCCAUAUCAUUACCAGUGGUUGUUGUGGUGAGACCGGUAGGAGCUCCAAGAGCCCCUACACAGCAGCUAGUUGCGCAUAUAUCGCUCAGGAACGAAGCCGGGACCGCCCCUGCUCCAGGGCUUACGGGAGUGCUUACUUCCAGUGUGCGCAGCAGCAGUGGGAAUACGAUCAGCGGUUAUGCGCGGUUUGGGCCUCUCAAGUUCACUCAGGCUGGGAGGUUCCGGAUGCGGGUCAUGCUCGGUGCUGCCUCGUCCAACGGUGUAUCUACGAGGGAGUAUGUUGAUUCUGGAAUUAUCACGGUACAAGCGGGUGCUGCACCUCCGCGUCCAACACCUGCACAAGUCUCCAAGCUACAGAGCCUGAUAUCAGAAAAUAUUGAUAUCACAGUCGCAGACAUCGCAGCAUGGCAGGCUGCCUGAAGCUGAACUAGGGCACUCCCUGUUUCACCGUUUGCCCUUCGCGUUGAUCGCGAAUGUCUAGAGUGAAUUCUGAGCUAUGAGUUCUUUCUUCCUUUGCCGUUGGCGCUGUUUCCAAAUCAAUUCCAGCUAAAGAAAGCAGCCUGCUGUGACUGCCGCAGUGUGGAGCUCCAUGUUGCAAAGUCUGUGAGAGGAUACGUACCGGACAUGACCCCCAGAUACAGAAAGCCAG